AGACUUCAGUUACUCUCGCGCAGCAGAAGAGACAGGACGUAACUCGACACGUCCUAGUAACGAUGCUAAGGGUAGUGGUGGUGGUGGUGGCGGUGGCGGCGGCGGUGUUGGUGGAGGCGGGAAAGAUAUACUAUCCCCCGAAUUUAGACGACAUAAGGGAGGACAUUGCAAUCAGAAGGUGUUUGAGGGACCCUACCUGUGUUCUGCCCUCACACCACAGAGCCAGGGAGAGGUGCAAGGUUGACGGAGCGGCAUUAGACAUGGUGAACGAAAUUAUGGAAGAGACAGGAAUGAAGAUAACAACACGAACAGGAGGAGGAGGAGGAGGAGAAGGAAGCUGCAACAGGAUGGCAGGGGAGGUGGUCUGGCCUGCCACGGGGGAGUGUGUGGCCCUCCUCACCCAGGGCCCGUGUCCCUUUGGCCAGUGGGUGAAGCUGCAGAAGAACACGUUCAAACCAGUGUGCGUGUCUCAACCGUGCACACUGGGGGAAGGAGGAGGACGAGGCACGCCAUUACUCGGAACAGGGCCGGGGUUGAUGCUAAACGGCACCUGCUACCUCCCAUCUCAGCUCCCUCCAUCCAUACGGUGCCCCAGGAACGAGAAGGCGGUGACAAAUGAACACGGGGAGGUAGAAUGUGAUUGCAGACCCGGGUUUGUUUACUACGACGGUGACAACACGUGUUAUGAACCUUACACACGUGGUCCCUGCCUGCCCGGAUACGUCAUUAGGGUAGAGGACUCAAACUCAAGCGGGCGUGCUAGAUGCUUUCCUAACGAGUGCCCGGAGGAAGGCAUGGUGGUUAUGAAUUCCUCCUGUCACGCCUUGAACACACGCUCCAGCUCACAUGACACCUGCUAUCCUAUUGGCGCGACGGGUCCGUGUGAUGCUGGCACGAUCAUAAUCGACACAAGCCUCUCAAUGCCUAUUUGCCUAACCACACAUAGCAUCUUCAGUGACGCCGUCCUGAGGUGUCCGAGAGGCAGCAGACGGGAUCUCUCUGGGAGGUGUAGAACUGUAUUUGACCGGUUUCUCUCUAAUAUUCCGGUGUUUAGUACUGCAAGACCUGGUGGCGCGUCUGUGUGUCCACCUGAGUUCUUCUUUGCUGCCGGAACGUGUUUAAGGAAAGUUAUUUGAGUGUUUGUGGGAUUGUAAAGUGUUAGUGGUGGUGUUUGUGUAAGUUUGUUGUGUUUGGGUGUGUUUUGGUGCUGGUGGGGUUGUGGGUUGUUUGUGGGUGUUUGUUGAGGUUUGUGACGGUUGUGGGUUGCUUGUGUGGUGUUUAUGUGGUGUUUGGGUGUGUUUUGGUGUUGAUGAAGAGUUCUGGAGUGUUUCUGGGGUGUUUGUGAGGUGUUUGUGAAGGUUUGUGGGUUGUGGGGAUUGUAGUGGUGUUUGUAGAGGUGCAGUGGGAGUGUUUUGGUGUUUGUAGAGGUAUAGUGGUGUGGUAAGGUGUUGUGAGUUGUUUGUGGGUGUUUGAGUUUGUAGAGGGUGUUUGGGGGUUUAAUGGCGUUUGUGGAGGUGUAGUGGUGUUUGUGGAGGUGUAGUGGUGUUUGUGGAGGUGUAGUGGGUGUUGUUUGAGGGUGUUUGAGAGGGGUGAUGAGUUUGCUGUGGGUGUUUGUGGAGGUGUAGUGGUGUCUGGACAGGUGUAGUGGUGUUUGUCGGGUGUAGUGGGUGUUUGAGUGGGUGUUUGAGUGGGGGACAUGAGUUUUUCGUGGGUGUAGCGGCUAUUUCCACAAAGCGACUGCCAACGUUCUGCGACAAGGAAGAACAGCUAUGCAGGAAACACAACCCCCACCCCCCCCACACGCUCCCACCACCCUCACCCACCACCCCACUCACACCCCCUUCCCCCAGACCCACUAUCCACUCACCCAUUCACCCCCCAUGCAUUCUCUUCCCACACUCACUCACCCACUCAUACCCCCUUCCCCAUACUCCCCAGCCACCCACCAUUCACCCACACCCUCCCCGUCUACACCUUCCACCCACCACCUACCCACACCCCUCUUCCCUACCUCUCCCCUCUUUAAACUUCAAUAAAAUGCAUAAUUAUCGUAUUAUAAUGAUCUAUUGUUGUACAGAGAGAGAGAGAGAGAGAGAGAGAGAGAGAGAGAGAGAGAGAGAGAGAGAG